UAGCUUAACUUACUAGCUAGCUAAUUGUUGUUGGGUUGUCUGGUGAAGUGACGAUAAGCUAACUGUUAUCUAGGUUUCCAGACGAGUGGAAUUAUCGUGACGGUUAGCUAGCCUAUCUUGGUUAACGUUGUAUUUGGCGAAUUUUACUGUGGCUCUUCGCUAAACUGCACAUCGUAGUUGAAUUUAAAGUAACGCAUUAACGUUCAUUUGGAUAGCUAACUGCAAUUAGCCACGUCUGUAGCUAGGGUUGUUCCAGGUAAUACUCGCAGCAACUGACAAGCAAACUUGCAAACGUUGGGUAGGUAAGCUAGUACAGGCAACAGCUGGAUACCACGUUACGCGAAUGUAGUGGUAACUAAGGUCGAUUGUCCACACAGUGGCCCCUACAGUCUGACGUCACCCAUACCAUUGUAUCAACGUCCUCGGAAACCUGUUCAGGGCUGUUUUUGUCCACGAAUGAUGCUCAGAAUACCUCUGGAGUGAAGCGUUUCAUUUUCCAAACUUACUCCUGCACCUUGAGAACACACACACACACACCCUCCCUUUGUGAAAAUGCACAGACCUGGUCCAGUGAGAAGCGAACUGGGGUUCCUGUCACCGGUGUACCCCAUUUCCGGGUUCGGUAUCACUGCAAACCAGGAAGUGAGCCGGGGGGGUGUGGACGCAAUGCACUUUGCAGGAGAGUCCAGCACAAGCGCGAGCUGGGAAAGGCGUUGUCUGAGGAAGCACCGGAGAAGUCUGGGCGAUGAAGGCAGCAGCCCCAAGAGGAGGAGGCUGAUGGGGGAGUUGGGCCCCGCGGCGUGGGAGGACCCGGGGCCGAAGCGGUGGCCCGGCUGGGCCCCUCGCGGGGGGGGCGGCGGCGGCGGCUCCGCCCCGGACCCGGCCCCGGGCCUGCAGCUGGGCACCAGCCCCACCCACAGCCGGCGCUGCCCCGCUCCCGAGACCGGCCCGGGGUACCCGGCCCCCGCGCCCCCGCCCCAGCCCCGCCCCAAGCCGGGAGGGCUCCGCAUGGAGGUGGAGGCGGCACAGAGAACGCUGCAGGAGAUUGAGGAGAGGUGCGCCAGGGAGGGGGGAAGAGGAACUGAAAUUUUAUGGAUAACACUGGAGGAUGACGAUGACGAUGAAGAUCUGGACGUGGAGCCAAACAGACCAGUACUGGUGAUGUCAGAGAGCCUGAGGGCGGGGCUACAGCAGGGGUUUGGAGACAUCCUCCCACAGAACGUGGCACAGUCCAUGAGUCACUCCUGCAUGGAGCUGGUGCUGUGGAGGCCCCCGGAGGAGGCGCUGUCCCGCAGGCUGAAGGACUCCGUGGAGAAGCAGAGGAGACAGGCCUCCUGCAGACAGGCCCCCCAGCCCGUGGGCCCCCGGCCCCCGGCGCCCCCGGACACCGCCGCCCCCGCCGGGCUGUACUGCACCCCCGCCGCCCAGGCCUCCACGGAUGAGGAGAUGGAGCUGUAGCCCGACUCCCUGACCUCUGACCUUUGACCUUUGACCAUUCAGAUUCGGUGACAAAGCUGAACCGUGCCUCCUCAGGCCCAGUGCUCGUUCUAAAUGUGUCGUCUUUUGGGCCAAAUGCAUUUCGCCGAAUUGGCGAAAGUGUGGACUGAGUUUCGACAGCCAAAUUGUACCUUCCUGUCCGAAAGAGCCUUCGGCUUACAGUCGACACAAGAUGGCCGCCCUAGAAAGGAUGGAAGUCCCGCCGACGUUUGCACAAAUCCUCCUAAUGACCAAUUUUUACGUUUUUGAUAGACUCUGGAAUAAAUAAAUUUCACCACUGAAAUUAAAGUGAUAAAAAAGAGAAAUUAAGAUCGCCCUCCACCCAACCCCAGACGAUCAGUCUGUCUCAAUCCUGGGCGGGACUUCUCUCCUUUCUAGAGUGGCCUUCCAAUGGCGACCAAGACUGUUUGGGUCAUUUUGUUCCUGGACAUGACCCCCAUCAGGAUGUGAUGAGUCUGUGUGGAAAGGGAGUGUGAUUGAUUGAGGGACCUGCUGUCAGAUAGCCGUGGCUCUACAGUGGGGACCGCACACCUGGACACACCUGGACACACCUGGACACACCUGGACACACCUGGACACACCUGCCCUAACCACCGCCAAGCGUCAGCAACAGUGUCGAACAGGCCUGGAGUGCCACCCACAAAACCCUUCUCCGCUUUACAUGCAUAUAUAAAAACGUAACAUAUUACCGUAAAUAUAUCAACCACACAUUUCUCAAUCGUAGAGCCAAGCUUCCUCUGAAGAAAAACUCACUCAGGCUUACAGUAGUAGUCGUCGGUCAUUUUGCAUUUUCAUUCAGCAUUUAUCCGUGGUUAUUUGGCUUUCAGUACACAUAAUACAAGCUGAAUUGGUUACCUUUGUGUUCGAUGUUCAGGGCGUUUGGUUGCGGUACCACAGAUAAGCUACGCUAAUAUCACAUUCGAAGCAGUGCCAGUACAGUUGUGUUGUGUGUUGAGUGUUUGUGAGAAAGCGGGUGGGGUUUGGCGUUUGACUCCUAGCAGACGGCAGUUUGACUUCCCUUCCUGGGCUCCAGGAACGUGUGAAGCCUUCGGUGGCAAAAUCCCACAGUGCCAGGAUCCAUCCCCACUGAUUCCAUUAGCAUUAAGAUGGUGCCCCUCAAGUACUGCUGCCAUUUUGUAAUGUCUCCAUUUUGCAGCAAGCAGCGAGAGACACUAAAGUACAGAUGCGCAGUAUGGAAAUUCGGCCAUAUUUCAUCAGCCACGGUAGCCAAUGAUAAUGGUUCUCUUCGUUUUUUUACAUGACAGAGCAUUCUGUUUCUACAUUUGUGGAAGAAGACGCACACAGGUGUCGCCUUGUGAGGGAGAAAUGUUUUAUCUCGCUUCAUUAUUUGGCUGAGGGCAUGAGUCUGUACAGCCCUGCUUGUGGGUGUGGCUGGUAAAAACAUGAAGACGAGGUUUAGAUGACUGUGAUUAGGCAACUGACAUUUUCCCUUAACUUACAGCAUCAGCAGCGCAUCAGAGGUUAUAUUGGCCAUAUCUUACUUUCGUACAAACGGCAAUAAAAUUGCCUGGCACCGAACCCGACACAACCUGUAUAAUAAACGGAUGCAGGAGCUUUUGAUCAUUAAAGUCCAGUCCAAAGGAAUCUGGCCUCCAGGAGUGAAAAGCGAAGUGCGCUGACCUCACACUUUUGAGUGUGAACCCCUCCUGGAAACUGCUAUGCAACAGCACUACGCCUGUGUGAACUACACAGGAGCUACGCAGUCAGCCUGCUGAAAAGAACUGAAAAGCACAUACGGUGGAGAGUUAGGGGUCUGAUUGGGCUACAGAAUGUAAUGUUUAUCUUUCUUUGUUGAUCCAGACGAUCUUACUGCACCUUAUUGAAAAGUGGAAGCCGCCUGUGUAAAGUGGAUUGUUGACUUUUUAAAAUAAAAUUCAAAUGACAAUGACAA